UCAGACAUCCGAUGUGGUACAGGUGGCUGUCCCCGCAGCAGCAAUCAGCGACCUCUCUAUUGGAGAACGAGUGACCGCGAUCCUGAGGGAAAACGGAAGUGCAUCAGUGGCUGUGAGAUUAAACAGUCAAAAGAGAGCAUCGUGGGAACAAAGGGCCCGGCAAACUUCCAAAACAGACAAAUUGUACAGAUUGCUUGUGGGGACCAUCACUCAGUAGCUCUUACCAAAGACGGACAGUUAUUCACAUGGGGCCAGAACUCCAACGGUCAGCUGGGUCUGGGGAAGGGGGAGUCCAGUACCUCGUCCCCCCGACCCCUCAAGUCUCUGGUGGGGAUCCCCCUGUCUCAGAUCAGUGCUGGAGGAGACCACAGCUUCGCCCUGUCCCUCUCAGGGGCCGUGUUUGGCUGGGGCAAAAACAGCGCUGGCCAGCUGGGCCUUGGAGACGAUACAGACAGACUCAGUCCUGCCCCUGUAGUCUCCCUUCAUCAGAAGAAGACUGUUUUCAUUUCCUGUGGAGCAGAACAUACUGCUGUGUUAACCAAGGGUGGUUUAGUGUUUACAUGUGGAUCAGGACGCUAUGGCCAGCUGGGGCACAACUCUCUCCGAGAUGAACUACGACCACGACUGGUGGCUGAAUUCUGGGGGUCAAAGGUGUCUCAGAUAGCCUGUGGGAGAUAUCACACAUUGGGAUUUGUUGAGUCCCAAAGCAUAUUGUAUGCAUUUGGAUGUGGAGAGCAAGGACAGCUCGGGAGUGGCCGGACAAACAAUCAGACUGUUCCUCUACCUGUUGAUCUACCACAAGAGCAAAACAAUGACAGCACCAUUAAGAUAAUUUUUGCAGGGGCUAACCAGUCGUUUGCUGUUAGCAGGUCUGGAGAGAAUUGGGUUGCCAGUCAUCCUAAUUGUGAUCAAAGGAAGAAGGCAUGCGAGUUAGAUUUAGAGAUAGCAGACAGAUGGAUCUCUAGCAACCCAAAACAUUGGACAAGGACAAAGAGGAACAUCACAAAGAUUUUCUCAUCUGUCUCAUGUAUCAAUGGGAGUUUUCUUAAAAAAAGCUCUGACAAACAUUACUCGACUUCACAACAUCAGUGCGGUUUGGAUUUGUCCAUGACUCGCCAGUUUUUUGAGAAGCUGUCACGGAAAGAGAAGGUUCUGAAAGAGGUUGAGAGUGUGGUGCAGCAGCAUCUGCUCCCCUCCCUGAACCACUGCCCUGCUGGAGUGGAGGCCCUCAGGGUUUACCUCAUCCUGCCUGAGCUGCUGAGGGUGCUGCUCAAACAGCAGCUGGGGACAUAUCUUGCUGUCUCAUUGGCUGAGGCCAUUCUCAAGCUGUGUCCUGAUUUGUUGAAGGUUCUUGAGGGCUGGUGGGGAUCCAUGGGAAAAACAAUGAUGUCCAAGCACAUCCAGGUGUGGAAAAACGCCCUGUCCUUCCUCCUGAGAGCCGGCCUGUUGCAUCACUACAACCCUGGUGUAAAGGCUACUCUCGAGGUCCUUAAGUGCCUUCACAGAGCAAACAGGAAAGCUGAGAUGUCUAAGCAAGUUCAUUUCACUGAUUUCUACAUAAAGGAACUUAGCCAAAACUCCAUCAUGCUUCAGACAGAUGUGACAUUGUGGAGACAAAUUAAGUCGUCACAACUGCAGGAAGUGGAACUUACACCUGCGAUUUUCUGCCGUUUUCCAUUCCUCUUAGAUCUUCCGAGCAAGGUGCUAAUUUACCAACAUGAUGCUCAGGUUACAAAGGUAUCCCACCAACUGAUCCAUCACCAAGCGUUCACUGGGAGGGUAGGUCCUAACGUCUUCCCUGGGGAGGUCCCUACUCCUGUGAUCAAGCUCAACAUUAGACGCACCCAUCUCCUGGAGGAUACAUUUAGGCAACUGGGUGCCACUGACCAUGAAAACUUCCAAAAACAGCUGGUGGUCCAGUUUGUUGACGAGACAAAACUGACACUUGUGCAAGCAAAGGAUUUUUUCCUUCACACGUUUGAUGACUUGUUUGCACCUGACUUUGGCAUGUUCAUGUACGAUGACACCAAAACUCUUGUCUGGUUCCCAUCUAAGCCAAAACAUGAAACCAAAACGUACUUCCUCUUUGGAAUACUUUGUGGUCUAGCCUUGAACAACAACAACAUUGUACACUUGCCGUUUCCUCAGGCUAUGUUUAAGAAACUUCUGGGUGUCAAAGUAACACUGGAAGACCUGACUGAGUUCAGUUCUGUUCUUGGAGAGAGCUUGCGGUACAUCUUGUACGACUAUACUGAUGAUGACAUUGAAAAUCUAGACAUGACCUAUUCAAUUACCUGGGAUGACACUGAAACGGAGCUGGAUCCAAAAGAAAUGGGAAAACCUGUGACAAGCAAAAACAAGAAAGAGUUUGUGCAGGCCUAUGUGAACUAUGCCUUAAACAAAUCAGUGGAGAGGGUGUUUGAGGAGUUCAAGAGGGGCUUCUUCAAAGUGUGUGCCAGAGACGUGGUGGAAAUGUUCCACCCGGAGGAGCUGAGGGGGAUGAUGGUGGGGAGGGAGGACUACGACUGGGACAAACUCAAACAGAACACAGUUUAUGAGAGCGGAUACCAUGGAAACCACCCUGUGAUUAAAAUAUUCUGGGAGGUUUUUGACGAGCUUUCUCAUGAUCAAAAGAAAGCCUUCCUCUUGUUCCUGACUGGCUGUGGUCGCGUGCCGAUCUUGGGCAUGGAUCAGAUUAGGAUGACCAUACGCGCCUGGCAUGAGUCAUCUCAGGAUCAUUUCCCACAAUCCCUCACAUGUCAUGCCAUCCUGGACCUUCCCAUGUACCAGUCCAAAGAGAGACUCCAGACUCUGCUCACUGAGGCUCUGAACCACAACAGAGGCUUCUGGAAAGAAUGAGGAACCCUCACAGUUCUUACAUGCUGUCACAGAAAUAUCUCUUGCAUCACACAUGUAUCACAUUGCGUAUGUAUCACAUGUUUGUAUCACACAUUUUGACAUAUUAAUGAAACCUUUUCAGUUUAUGUAGGCUCUUAAAAGAAAUAUAAGAUUCACCUUUAAAUCAUCUAAUUAUGUUACUCAUGUGCACUAAAAGAUGCUGUUUCUUUGAUAAAGUUUAUUAUUUACAGAUAAGUGACUAUUUAGCAAUGCACGACUAUGAUUGACAGCACUGUAUGUUGCAUUUUUGACGUAUGGCUGCACAGUACUGGAACAGCAUAAAUGACUUACACUAAUUUUGAGAACUGUCAUCAUCAUGAGUUACAAUAAAGGCCUGAUGUACUCUUAAAGGUGA